GCGAAUUCGUUCUAACUGUGACGUCACUGCACUGGUGGCUUUUAGAACUUGUGUCCUGGUCACAGAAACCUCAUUUUGACUCGUUGCUUCAGUUAUACACGCUUUAGUGUCGGUAUACUUGAUUGGUGUGCGGUUUUGAAACGGCGUACAGUUUUGAAUUAAUCCUGGAUUCCACAUCGGUGUCUGAUUGUGAAUCUGCAUUAUCAUUCAGUACCGUACUUUUCAGAUUGUUGCAGCCUACCCUUUUAAGAUCUGAACAUGACCUGUAACACAUUUCACAAGCUCAGGCUCCAAACAUGGGUCAGCGCUCACCAGAACAUCAUUACUGUGAGCGAAAACACCACAACCUCCAGCCAAAUGCAGGCUGUCAAGCUUCCGACCAUCCAUAGUCCUUCCCUUGCAAGAGGACUGCGUCCAUUCCCACCACCUCAGAAGAAGGUGAACGGAUCCAGUCUCAGUGCUGAAGAACAAUUUCUGAUCUUUGGGCUCCAAUGCAGGGAGGACAAAACAGGGGAAGAAGUCAGGUUGUUCAUUAGAGAGGGACAACAGGAACGGCCCGCCACAGGAACGCGACCAACAGGGGCCCGAAGCGAAAGCUGUCUUCCACCGCUCAACGUGCGGAGGGCAGUGUUUCAACCCAUCUCAGAGUACAAAGCUGAGGUUUUACAAAGCGGUCGCUGUAAACUUGAUACAAUACAUAAAAUGGAGAUCCUGCAUACUUGGGCCCAACUCGCUUCUAUGGAGGAAAGCGAAAUGUCCCAAAUAGAGCUCGGAGCAAAACAAGACUGGGCCAAUUAUGAAGCCUCUUUCCGUGACUCGGAUCCCUUGAAGAACGAGCAAAAGGCUCAGGAUUCAUUUUCAAAGAGGCUAAAAUUAGAAGAAAAGGAAAAAGCUCUUCUAAGAAAAAUCUAUCGUGUUCAAGACACAAUUGAAAUUGAAGAGAUGCAUCUGAAGGAAGACCGCGAGCGUGAAGAGCGUGAGGAAGAGGGCAGCAAACAAAGCCCAGGGGACAUUGAAAAAUUAACGUGGGAGUAUGUGAAUUUCAUGUCCAUAAAUGAGGAAACCAACAAGGUACUCAAGUACUACGAGGAUGAAAAGGAAAAGCUUAAAAAGAAUGCAGACCGCAUGGAGGUGGAGAUACAGAGCAUGGCUCUCUGCAUUAAAGAAGAGCAGGUGAAAAAAAACAAGGUCAAAGCAGAAGUGGGGAUGAUAAAUAAUAUCAAGGACUCGAGGAAAAUGAAAAUAUGGACAAAGACCGAAAAGUUGUGUGAGGAGCUUGCGAAGGUCCAAGAGAGCUAUGGGGAGCAGGCCUUCAGCCCUGCGUAUCCAUUGAUGAUUCUGCUCCAGUUGGAGGACUGGAUUUCUGACUCUCUGGAUUUGAUCGAAAACAUGCCAGCUGAGAGGCUCUACAAAAUACAAAAGCGGAUUUGCAAACAUCAUGAAAUCAGGGAGCAGGAACAGAAACGCAUUAGGCGUGAAACUUUAUUAGAAGAACGGAGGCAGAGAAGACAGGAGAGAGCACUUUCUCAUUCGGUGAAACUGACCGGAAAAAAGCUGAUGCCACGUAGCCGGCCUCCGAAGAAGAUAAGAAAGAAAGAGGAACCAGUGGAAACCAAGAAGACGAAGGAGGAUCUAUACGCUCACUUUGUGGACUAAUUCGCCUCUGAGCUCCUCCACGGCCUUCUCCAGUGCCUGUCUUCCUCCACUGAGAAGAAAUACCUCCAGUACCCACUGUGCAAACAAAAAAACAAAUAAUCCUUAGACAACAUAGAUAUUAGGAAGAUAUUAGUAGAUAAUUGACAUGUGUCUUAUGCCUUCCUGUUGUGGAUCACCUUGUGCGGAUAAUAUUAAAGAAUUUUACUCUCA